AUGCACCGUGCCUUCACUUUCCCAAUGACCGUGGAGCGCAGUCGGACCAAAGAGUGUCUGGAGGCGAGUCUGGCCGGUCUGUGUGAGCUUGAACUCCGCAAGCAAAAGCAGGAGUCCCUGGUGCUCGGGGCGCUGGCUCUCGGUGACCCCAUCCUCCUUCAGCGUGACCAGGGCGCAGGAGGAGCCGAAGCAUGUUUCAGCAUCUGGGGACAAGAGAACCUGACACUCCGGCGCCAGCUGAGCGCUCUCCAGAGUCACCCAUGGGCCCUGCUUCAGUCUUUGGAGCAGCAGGUGGGAGAACUCAGGAUAGACACUGACGCCGCGGGAGACGGCAGCGACAGUCGACCCAGUUCUGGUUUCUAUGAGUCUAGUGAGGGCCAUUCGCCAAAGGGGAGAUGCUGCACAGAGCCCACAGAGACACAAUCGACAUGGACAUACAGCAACGACAGGCCAAAGUCUGUAGGCGACUCGCUUUCCCCAAACAUAGACAUCCCCAUUCUCCACACCACUCUCCCUCGAUCUUUCUCUGCUCCUUACCCACCUCUAGAGGGCAUCGCUGAGGAGGGCUGUGGACCUGAUCCUUGGUUUUGGGACCCUCCUAAGACCACACAUACAUGGCCACAACAUCAGCAGCAGGAGGAGGAGAUGGAGGCAGCAAAAGAGGAGGACUACCAGCAGGCUAUGAGGGUAGAGGGGUACAUUUUGAGUGUCAUUCAGAGACAUACCCUCUCUCCACGUCCUUGCCAACCUCGCACGACAAUUAGCCCUGAUCCCACAUACUCUAGUACAUCUUUACAUCGCAGAACGCCAUCUCUUACCUCUGAAUCACGCCCCCUUGACCCGUACCUUCAGCCUUACGUUGACCUUUUGGGACAUCCCAGUAGUCAAAUCAGGGGUUGUGACCUAUAUGAAGGAGAGGCUUGUGGCGGAGAGGCCCCAUCACUGGAGGAAGACUGUUUUUUGGCUCUACCCUACCCCCAGUCCAGGCCGCACUCUCUGACUGGAAGGCUACCGUCACCUCUGCCCUUCCUAGACCCCAACUGUGGCGCAGGGGCUCUUGACCUUUGCGGUGAACUCACAUCCCCCCAGCAUUUUAGAAACCCACAACCUCCUAUUCACCAGAACCUUGUAAACGCACAGUUUGUUCCCGGACAAGGUGGUCACGCUGCUAUACAAUCUCCGAGACAUUACAUUCCCUGUCAGUCGAAACAACGAAUUCAAACUAUCACUUCCCCUGAGCACCAAAAUAAAGCUAAAGCAUCGAAGAAGAACCACAAUGAGCGUCAGAAAGCCAAGAAAUCAAACGGGAAGAAUAGAUCACAGUCUGAAAAUAGCCUGAUUGGACAAGGUAUGCUGCCUGAACGGCGAUACAGCACAACGGAGCGUCCGCAGGGCAGAGCGGACCCUGCUUAUAACCAGGCUAUCCAAAUGGGUCGCAACAACGGCAACAGACGCUGGUGCUCAAAUUUAGAGUUAAGCCAGGACGAAGGCGAAUCCCACACGCCUCAAGCCAGUAGACGGCCACCUAGAAAGCGCAACGGUCAUUCAUACCAGCAGCAACAAAGCCACACAUAUUACCAACAGCACAGACAACAAUGGCAGCACAGCGACUACCACCAGAGGGCACCACUGUGUCAGGAAGAGGCAUACCCAAGAGCCAUCCCUGCUGAAUCUGAGUCUAGUAUGAGUGAGGUGUACUCGCCAGGGUCUAGCUCAAUAUCCAGCGAUUCGGAUGAGAGCGGUGGGCUGGUGUGGCCGCAGCAACUGCCCCCUCGACUGGCCAUGGGGUCGUCCUCCUCGUCCUCGCCCUCUCCACAGGCCAACGCCGCAGUGAAUGGCAACGCCUCACAGCCCAAAGCGUUUGUGAAGAUCAAAGCCUCCCAUGCACUCAAAAAGAAGAUCCUGCGAUUCCGCUCAGGGUCGCUAAAAGUCAUGACCACUGUGUGAAGACGUAGAUGUUUCACUGACAUAAUGAAGCUGUUUUCAA